CGUCAUCUCGACCUCAGCACAUGUCUGGAGAGACAUAAAAAAACCACACACCAUCUGUUGUUUUCGUUUCGGCACAAAAACGUCGAGAGUUGUAGUGCUGAGCUCAGUGCAUCAUGUGCCACUGGGGUUGCUUGGUCCCAAAUAGGCAGCUGUGAGGAUUUUCUUCCUGAAGAUUGUCCCUUGAAUUCCCGAGCGGAUCUCUCACAGGCCAGGGAAACAUCUGGAAUGUGUAUGAAGUUCUUCAUCCUCUGUGACAAAUCAUCUUUGACACUGAAGACAAACCCCUCCUCAAAAGUAACAGAUGGACUUCUAUAAUCGGACUGAAAACAAUGGCUUAACAAGCAAAUCUGUAACAAUGAACAACACAUGUGUGAAUGUUGGUGAAAGUCAUAUUGGUGACUUCCUGAUGGCAGUCUACAUCCUGGUCUUUAUCUUAGGUUUAAUCGUCAAUAUCUUGACUUUUGGCCCCAUUUACCAACAAGUACGAGGCCAGAACAUUCUGGGCAUCUACCUUCUUUGUCUGUCCUUUUCUGACCUGCUCUUCAUCCUCACCAUGCCUCUGUGGAUCAACUACUAUUACCAGGACCACCACUGGAAGCUAGGUCCCAUCUCCUGCAGCAUAGCUGGCUUCUUCUACUACACCAACAUGUACAUCAGCAUCUUCCUGCUCUGUUGCAUCUCGGUUGACCGCUGCCUGGUGGUCAACUUUCCCAUUCGCUUCAAGGCCUACCGCACCUCGUGCCACACCUGGGCAGUGUGCAUAUUUGUCUACAUCCUCGUGGGGGCCCUCCACAUCCUGGUACUGGUCAAUGACAAUCUGAAGGAUGCCCAUGAUGAGAAGAAUAACAAUGACCGCUGUUAUGAGACCUAUCCCAUGGAAAGGCCGGUGGCCUUCUUCAAUCUGCUAAGGGUGGGGCUGGGUUUCGUGAUUCCCCUUCUGAUUCUCGGUGUUAGCUACUGGAAGUUGCUGGCCACCGUCAGACAGAGCCCUGGUCUGACUGCCCCAGCAAAAAGGAAGGUGCGUUUGCUCUCCUAUGGGGUGAUUGGUAUCUUUUCCGUCUGUUUUGCGCCAUACCACAUCCUCCUGCUAGCACGCUCCCUGGUCUUCUAUCUCAGCACAAACUCAACAAUUCAAAGUGGAUACUGUCAGUUUGAGCAAAACUUGCACUUCUACUUUUCAUGCUCACUAGCUCUGUCCAGUCUGAACUGUGUAGUGGACCCUGUGCUCUAUGUUCUGGUGAGUGAUGGGGUCCGAGAGGAGAUGAAACUGACUUGGGGGAGAAAGAAAAAGACAAAGAGAGGGUAUCCUCUGGAAACAUACAAUAGAAGGACUACAGCUACAAAAUUCAUAUGAAGGUUAUAUGAAGAGCAGCUUGUAUGUAUUGUUGUAUAUAUGCAUGUGUAGCUUAACGUCAUAUGCACUCACAUAGGAAUUUGUAGAUAGGAGCUUAUGUGUCAAUGCACAUGCGUAGCAGUUUUCACUUAAUGUCAGCAUCUCUGAAGAUAGGAAGUGAUCAAUGCACUCACUCAACCUAUUCUCCUUAUCCCUCAUCCAUUGCCCAUCAGACAGCUGCUGACCAUUUGAGCUAGUUAGACUGCUGCUUCUGUCUUGGUCAUUUUUUUCCUUGUAUCCAGUGCUCUGCAGACCAAGGGGGUUUAUAACAUGCAGUGGGAUGCUGGUUAAUGAAACUGUUGUCCGCAAUUCUGCUGUCAAAUUGACGAGUUCUGUAAGGACUGACUCUUCUGAUUCUGAUGGACAAGGCUGGGUUUCGAAAACCCUUGUGUUUUCCCUCAGAUCUACUCAGCGAUUUUCUGGUUGAAUCCAUGACAAUUAUAUAACUAGUACAUAUCCUUGAAUCAUGACUAAUGACACCCAUCAUUUUGCAUGACAUCAUCUUCAAUGUGUGACAGGUUCCAUGAAAUAUUUUUAAUAUAACCCCAAAAAUAACUUCAAAUAAACUGAUGGAGCAUGAGUUGAUUUUUUUUUUUUUUACUAGUGCCGAAAGUUUCUUGUUACCAACGGUUCUGGUAUCAUAUAAUAAAUGUAUCUUGGAAAACAGUUGUGUUGAGGAAUUCUAAGCCCCCACAUUAAUUCAGGCAAUUAGCCUCUAAGUUCUCACACAUCAUGCUGGUCACAACACCAACAUAACUGUACUUAUCAUCUACCAUCUAAUAAAGAAAU